GCGACUCCAGUCAUUCCCUUGACGAGGAAGACAAGCGAGGUGGAUGUGGUGCGAGUUGUUUUUCAAACGAUGUCUAUGCAAGGGGCAAGGAGAAUAUUAUUUUCAGUCAGACCAACCGAGAUGGUGAUGAAGUCUCUACGGCAUUGAUACACAGCAUAGCUUCCGCGACGUUGCAUGGAGGUAUAUCUCAGCAUCAAAGGGACAAAACUUUGAAUGAUUUUGUACAGGGAAAGUUCACUGUGCAUGUAUUAGGGAGAAGAAAGCAAGGUUUUGUAAGGAAAAAGAAAACUGACAGCUACUCCUUACAUCGCAGAAAAUUGAAGUCCCUUACUGAGAGAAUGCAUCAGGAAUUCCCUCCUCCAAAAAGGGGUUUGCUCUCCAAAUUAAAAUCACUUUCGCGUCACCGAUUGCAACAAAUCAACGAAGGCCACUUGCAUUGGGAUUUGCAAUCACUCCAUUCCUUUUCGUCUUGA